AUGAGGCGUCAUACAAGAUCUACAAGUGUUGGAAGAGUUCCGGAAACCGACUUAGAAAAAAGCGAUGAAUCGGUUGAACAUAAAAUAGACGUAAAAAAAGGAAAAGGUUACACAAUUAAAGAAUACUUAAUAGAUUAUACCGCUAAUUCAAAUCUUCAUGGACUUAAGUACAUCGGUGAAAAAGAACGAACUCCUGUUGAAAAGUUUUUUUGGUUUUUCAUGUUCACAUGUUGUGUAAUACUAUGUGCCGGUCUUAUAAGAAAAGUGUGGAUUAAAUGGAACGAAAGUCCAGUAAUUGUUAGUUUUGCGGAAAAUUCCACGCCAGUUUGGCAGAUUCCAUAUCCUGCUGUUACUAUCUGUUUUGAAACGAAGGCUUUGCAAACAAGAUUUAACUUUACAAAAUAUUUUCACUUGUAUAAUAAUAAUGCUACAUACAUGAAACUGACGGAAGAAGAACGCUUCAUGUUUGAAGACGUUACUUUGGUCUGUGAUGAUCAUUUAGCUCCCGCCAGAGGUAGAAAAUUCUCUUCAGGCAAUGCUACGGUUGAAAAUUUGAAACAGGUGUCACCGAAUAUUUCUGAAUUCUUUUUUGGAUGCAAAUGGAAAGAUAUCCCUAAAGCCAGUUGUUCGGACCUUUUUUCACCAAUUUUGACUGAGGACGGUAUCUGCUAUACUUUUAACACUAUGGGUGCUGAACAACUCUUUAGAAUGGAGAAUCUACAUAAAGAUUAUAAAUAUCUGGAAAGUAUUAAUUCUUCUCAACGUUGGACUUUAGAAGAGGGAUAUCCUCCAUCAACACCGUUAGAAACCUACCCGCACAGAGGUUCGGGAUAUGGCGCGAAAGCGGGCUUAACGAUUUUAUUACAAACUAAGGAGAUUGAUCUAGAUUACCUUUGCAAGGGACCUGUGCAGGGAUUUAAGAUUUUGUUGCAUAACCCUGCGGAGUUGCCGCGUUUGUCGCAACAGUACUUCAGAUCUCCGUUAUCUCAGGAAGUCGUCGUAGCCGUCAGACCAAAGAUGAUGACAACUUCCGAUGGGCUGAAGCCUUACAAUCCGACUGUACGCCAAUGUUACUUUCCAAGCGAACGUUACCUCAGUUACUAUAAGGUUUACACCCAAGCCAAUUGUGAAAUAGAAUGCUUGACCAAUUUCACAUACGUCCGAUGUGGGUGCGUUCAUUUCGGCAUGCCACAUGGCCCUAAUAUGACGGUUUGCAAUGCGGGUAGCGUCGCUUGCAUUAAACAGGCUCAAAUGGAACUGGUGACGAUUGAAAUACUAUCCAAUUUGGAUAAAAAGUUGAACGAAAAUGAUACUUUGGGAGAAUCACGUGCUGUUGCAGCUAAGUGCAAAUGUUUGCCAGCCUGUACGUCUAUCGAAUACGAAGCAGAAACCUCGCAAGCCGAUUUUGAUUGGAAAGCCUUGUACACUGCUUUCAACUUAACAAUUAGUGACGACAUAUUAGAUCAGAAAUUCGCACGCGUUAUGAUUUUCUUCAAAGAAGCCCAAUUCAUUACGUCUAGAAGAUCGGAGCUUUAUGGUCAAACGGACUUCCUGGCAAACUGUGGAGGUCUUCUGGGUUUAUUCAUGGGAUUUUCAAUACUCAGUGUAGCUGAAAUAAUUUAUUUUCUCACUUUAAGAAUUUGCUGCAUAAUUUGGCGAAAGCGAAACUCAAAGAAACACGAAAGCGAAGAUAAAUUUGGAGGUAGCAUCUCCAUUCCGAAACCAACUAAACUUAAGCACUAA